UCAUGUAAAGCUUUCUGGGCUUGGAGGUUUCUCUUUUGGGAGUUUUAAAAUUGCAAAAUCAAUUUCCUUAAUUAUAAUAAGGCCAUUCAAAUGGUCUGUUUCACAUUGGGUUGAUGGUGGUAGUUUGUGCUUUUUGAGGAAUUGCUUCCUUUCAUCUUAAUUGUCAAAUUUAUGUGCGUAGAGUGGUCUGUCCUAUUUCCUUAUCCUUUUGUGGUCAGCAGGGCCUGUGAUGAUAUUCACUGUUUCUUUCCUAACAUUGGUAGUUGGCGAUUUUCUGAUAAAUUAGUAAUCAGUGGUUUCUCUCUUUUGUUCUUUGUCAGUAAUAGCAGGGGUUCAUCAAUUUUAUUGAUAAAUUGGAAGCUUUUCGUUUCAUUGAUUUUCUCUAUUGGACAAUGUCACUGAUUUCUGCUCUUUAUUACUUUCUUUCUUCUUCUUGAUAUGGGUUGUUUAUUCGUUUACUAAUUUCUUGAGGUAGGAGCUUAGACUCUCUGAGACUUCCCCUCUUGUCCCGUGAAGGGUUUAGUGCUUUAAUUUCUCCCACAGCACUGUUCUAGCUGCAUCUCACAACCUUUGAUGUGUUGUAUUUUCACUCUCUUUCAGUUCCAUGUGUUUUGGUCCCCCCUUCCUUGAGACUGCCUCUUUGAUCCAUGGCUUAUUUAGAAGUGUGCUUUUUCGUUUCCAAAUGUUUGGAGAGUUUGCUGUUAUCUUAGAUAUUUCUUUGAUUCCAUUGUGUCAGAGAACACUCUCUAUAUGGUUUUCAAUUUUUUUUUUUACAUUUGUUGAAGUUUGUUUUUUGGCUCACGAUAUCGUAUAUCUUGGUAAAUGUUACAUGAAUGUUUGAAAAGAGUGUGUAUUUUGUUCUUGUGGGAUGGAGUGCUCUAUAAAUAUCAAUGAGAUCUUGUUGGUUGAUGAUGGUAUUGAGUUCUUCCAUAUUCUUGCUGAUUUUCUGCCUGGGUGUCUAUCAGUUGUUGAUGGUGGUGCUGAAGUAUCAAAUCAUAAUUGUGAACUUACCCAUUUCUCAUUUCAGUUCUGUCAACUUAUCCUUCACAUACUUUGCAGCUCUGUUGUUUAGUGUGUACACAUUUUCAGUUGCUAUGUCUUCUUGGUGGAUUAACUCUUUUAUUAUUACAUAAUGUCCUUUUCUGUCUCUGGUAAUUUUGUUUACUCUGAAGUCCAUUUUAUUUGCUAUUUAUAUAGCCAUUCUUCCUUUCUUUUUUUCCUUAUGAUAAGAUUUACUCUUAGAAUUUACUCUCUUAGUAACUUUCAUGCAUAACAUACAACAGUGUUAAUUAUAUUUAUUGUGUUGUACUUUACAUCUCUGGUACUUAUUGUACCACUGGAAGUUUGUUCCUUACUCCUGCUUUCUUUUGAAUAAAAUUUGCAUGAUUAUUUUACUUUUUGGGGGUGGGGAGGUAAUUAGGUUUAUUUAUUUAUUUUUAGAGGGGACACUGGGGAUCGAACCCAGGACCUCCUGCAUGUUAAGCAUGCACUCUACCACUUGAGCUACACCCUCCCCAACAUUUGCAUGUUAUAUCCCCCAUCUUUUGUUUUUUUUUUUUAAUUGAAGUGCAGUCAGUUACAAUGUACAGGACAAUGUCCCAGUCUGCAUAGACACCAGAAUCCCUGGCCUGAGUUAGGCAAGUCAUCACACCUGUAUAACACCUCAGUGUUCUUUUUUUUUUUUAUAAGACAAACAUUUUUAAAAGUAUUUACAUUUCUUUUUUAUGAUUUCUUUUUUUAAGAGGCAGAGGUAAUUAGUUUUAUUUAUUUAUUUAUUAAAAUUUUUUUUAAUGGAGGUACUGGGAAUUGAACCCAGGACCUCGUGCACACUAAGCACACACUCUACCACUGAGCUGUACUCUCCCCACUAAACUCUGGUGUUCUUAACUAUGAGAUGGAAUGAUAUGAUCGCUUACCCUACUGUACUUUUCAUUUUUCCAUAGCACGUAUCCCCUUCUAAUAUCCCACAUCAUUUACCUAUUUAUUAUGUUUAUUGUUUAUUGUCUCUUUCCUUACCAGAGCAGAGAUUUCUGUCUGUUUUGUCCCUAGCUGUCUCCCUAGAGCAGGGGCAGUAGGAGCUCAGGAAAUGUGCGUUGAAUGACUGAGUGAGUAUAUACCUUCCUCACAGGGGCUACUGUGUUACAACACAUGACAGUCACAACACCUAGUGGAGAUUCCCACGUAUCGAGCACCGUCUCUGUGCCAGGCGGUGUUCCCAGCGCUCUCUCCCACCGUUAACUCAUUUGAUCCUCACAACCAUCUUGCGAGGGGAGACUGUUGUUCAUCCCCAGUCGGCUGGUGAGAACCUACACACACACGGGUGACCUACCUCUCCCUACAAACCGUAGCUGGGGUGUGAAGAACUUGGACAGCAGCCUCCAAAGAGGCAAAACUGGCACCAUCUCCAUCUCAUAGCAGAGGAAAGUGACCAUGAGAGAGGAGAACUGACGUGCCCAACGCCACACAGUGAGCAAGUGGAGGAGCCAGGAUUUGAACCCCUCCCUGCAGUUUGGAUCCAGAGCCAAUUUGCUCAGCCCUUGCUUCAUUGGAGCAGAAACUUGGUGACUGUCCAUGACUCGAAUGAGACCCAAACAGGGGUAGCAAUUCGAGGCAGCUGGGCGAGCUGAGAUCUCUUUCCUUGGAUGCCAAGCUGCCCCUCACACCCUAAGUAGUCAUUUUAGUUUUCUCAGCCUUCUCUUGAAUUACAUCCCACCUCCUCUAUUCCAGAGCCACUUGAAUUUCCUUUAAAAAGGAGAGGAAUUAACUCUCAUAUACUGAAACUUUUUUUAUGUUCUCCAGGUUUCAGCACAGAUGUCCCCUCUUCCAGGAAGCCUUCCCUGCCCCUUCCUCCUAACUUGAGUUGGGCACCCUCUGGGGGCUUUCCCAGCCCAGCUCGCUUUGUGCCUCUAUGACCAGGAAUCUGUAUCACAAGCAUCAUUUCAGCUUAUUUAAUAUUUCCAGGCUGUUCACGGUGAACUCAGCACUGGGUCUGGUCCUGUCAUUUUUAUUUUAUUGUUAUAGCUGUUAACUGUUAUGAUCACAAUUCCUGGUCCCUUUAACUCUAAACUUCUUGAAUUGUCCCUCCCUGGCACCAUGUCUCCCUGGCUGCUCCCUCAUCCUGGCAGAAUGGUGGGGAGGGAGGCUUGGGGUGAGAGGAGGCAUAAUUCCCAAGGGGAUCCAGGGCCAAAGGGCAGGGCUUUCUUUCUCCUUUCUCACCUUGAAGGAAAUCCCAGGGUUCCCAGGGCUGCUGUUCUCUGUGCAGAGGAGGGAGGAAAGUGAGCCCUGGGAUGAAGGGCGGAGGUACAGCCAAAGUUCCUCCCGUGCCACCGCCCCUGUCUGUUCUGGGAGCUGCUGUCUGCUGUCGUUGAAGUCCCUGUCAGUUUGCAGCAAGCCAGAGGGGAAGAGAAGGGAGCCCUCACAGCCAGAGUGAGGACAGUGCCUGCGUGUGCAAGCUGGGGACACUGUCAGCUUGGUGCUCUGAAGUCAGGUGUCAGGACCCAUGGGGUCCACUGACCUACAGCAGCCCUGCUGGGCAGGAAUCCUGCUCUCAGCCUCACUUUUGACCGUGUGGAGUCUGCCAGCCGCAGCCCAGCUCUCCCGUGGUGCCAGCCUGCUUAAGACCAUCCAAAGUGAGAAGGAUGUUGUUCCAUCUGUGUUUGGGACUCCCCUGAUCACACCUAGAAUGAGAAGUAGAUCCAAACCACUGGCCAAGCCCACCAUUUCAGUCAGCCAAGGAACUGCCAUAGAGCAGAGGGAAAUGGUGACCUUCUACUGUGACACCAAGGACGUCAACAUUACCAUCCACUGGGUCUCCAACAGUCUUCCCCUGGUGUUCCACGAGCGCAUGUGGCUGUCCACGGAUCGCAAGAACCUCACCAUCCUCACUGUCCAGCGCGAGGAUGCUGGGACUUACCAAUGUGAAGUUUGGGGUGUCCUCCAGGCCCAGAGCAGUGACCCCACCUUCUUGGCCGUGAACUAUGGUCCUGACCCCGUCAAAAUCAAGCUGAAGUCUGGUGUGUCCAACAGGGAGGUGGUUGAGGUGAUAGAAGGCUCCAACGCGACCUUCUCGGUGGAGACUCAGUCUCACCCACACCCCACCUAUUUAUGGUUUCUCCCCAAUGACUCUCUGCCCAUCGGGAGCUUGUUCCACACCAUGAGCACACUCACCAUCCAUGCCAUGUCCAGGGAACACGAGGGCACAUACAGGUGCCUGGUGUCCAACAGUGCCACCAACCUGUCCCGCAUGGGGGUUCUGAACGUCCGAGUCCUGGAAAGACUGACCAAGCCUUGCAUCACGCCCUCAAACCUGAGUCCCGUGGAGAACACCAGCCUGGUGGCCCUGACCUGUCAGACCACCCACAAGCAGGUCGGAGCCCAGUGGUUCCUAGGGGGUCAGCUCCUCUGGCCCAGCGAGCACCUGGUGCUGUCAGCUGACAACAGGACCCUGACCAUCCACAGCCUCCGGCGAGACGACACGGGGCCCUAUGAGUGUGAGAUCUGGAACUGGGGCUGCCGGGCACGGAGUGACCCCCUCUGGCUGAACAUUAGCUAUGGCCCUGAUCGAGUGGAUAUCACCAGGGGGUCAGCAUCCCAGGUGGUCAACAUCAUCAAGGCGGAGCUCAACUCCAGCCUGACCCUGCAGUGUCGGGCUGACUCCCAGCCGGAUGCUGAGUUUCACUGGACCUCUGCACACUCCACCACUGUGUGUACGGGCGAGCAGCUGAUAAUCGAGGCCCUGACCUGGGAGCACCACGGGAUCUACAACUGCACGGCUUUUAACUCUCUGACCCACCUGGCCCGCUCCACCUCAGUCCUGAUCAGAGUGAUAGGUCCCCAGUCGUCCCUGUCUGCAGGGGCCAUCACUGGUAUUGCCAUCGGGAUCCUGGCUGUCAUUGCCCUGCUCACAGGGCUGGGCUGUUUCCUCUACAUCAGAAAUGCCACAAGGUCCUCAAGGGAAGCAGCAGAGGACUCCAUCCAUGAGGCCGUGACAUCUAUCUCUGAAAAGGAUCAGCCUGCAGAGCCCGGAUGCAGCUGGCCAAUAUAUGCCAAUGUACCGGACAGUCAAGGACAGGUCCAACUCAAAAAGAUGCUGCCACUAGACCCUCCUGAGCAGUUCUAUGAGAAGGAAUCACUUUCAGCAAUGCCUGAGCGCUAUUCUGAUGGCCCCAGGAAGCCAUCACCCAAGCUUGCGUUGCAUUCAUUGGUCCCAGCACUACCAAGAGAAAACAUGGAGUCAAACUAUGAAGUGCUUGUGAAUCCAGAGCACAACAUUUACUGCCAAAUGAAUUCCUCCACCUAACGGAAGCAGAGAUCCUUUCUCCAGAAAUCCUAGAGAAACCAUGCUCAAUCAUAUAUUCAAUGACAUUUACUGUGUACAUAUUAUGUCUCAGACAUUGUCUUUGUAGACCAUAUGAUGUUCUGUUUCAAUGUGUUUUUCAGGCUCUGGACCCUAGCUCCCACCAAAUCUUAGGCUUUUGACUCAUGUUUCUUUUUUCCCCCAUACUCACUGCUACACUAUUUUAUUUUAAAAUGUCCCACAGUGAAUGGAUGUAUCCAUAUUGGUUU